UUCUCGUCCUCUUGUCUCUUGUUGUUUCUCUCUCUUGUUUCUCUCUCCUCCUUCCUCCAAAGCUCAGCUCCAGCUUGGAGGGUUCAUGGUGGAGCUUCUGGAUCUCACCGCCACGAAUCCCCAAUGCUCCUUCAACUCUCGAUCCUCACCAUGACUCGCCACCGUGGGAAAACCCUCCCUCUUCACCUUCAAUCCUUCGAUUUCAAAUCUUCCUGAGACUCUUCUUUCUGUUUCGGCCAAAAAAGGGGGGUGAAGCUGAGUUCUAGCGUUCUGCAAAAAAGAAGAAGAAAUUCACGACAUCGUUGAGUUGGUCGCAGGAUGCCAGGACAUCGGUCGAAGUCGGAGAAGCAUGACGGAGAGAAGCAGCUCCGGCGGGAUCCCUACGAGGUCCUCGGCGUUUCCCGCAACUCAACGGAUCAAGAAAUCAAAACCGCUUACCGGAAAAUGGCCCUCAAAGUCUCAGAGAGACUUAACGUGUGAGAAAAUAGCACUAUGUAUGAAGACGCUGCUGCAGCCACUCGGUCAAGACCGGUUACUUAGACACAGAACUGCAGAAUCCCUUGCAAAAAUCUUCUCCUUCGCUUGUUUUAAGCCUAGAUAUCAUCCUGACAAGAAUGCUAAUGAUCCUAAAGCUGCCGAUAUGUUUAAAGAGGUUACCUUUUCUUAUAAUAUUUUGUCAGACCCUGACAAAAGGCGUCAGUACGACUCAGCUGGCUUUGAGGCUGUUGAAUCAGAUAGCCAAGAGUUGGAGUUGGAUCUUUCAAGUUUGGGUGCUGUCAAUACGAUGUUUGCAGCACUUUUUAGUAAACUUGGUGUGCCAAUCAAGACAACUGUAUCUGCUACUGUUUUGGAAGAGGCACUCAAUGGUUUAGUUUCCAUUCGUCCACUUCCAUUGGGACAGUUUAUAUCUAAAAAGGUUGAGAAGCAAUGUGCACACUUCUAUUCAGUUACAAUAACAGAAGAGGAAGCACGAGCUGGGUUUGUUUGUCGAGUGCAAUCAUCAGACAAAAGCAAGUUCAAGUUAUUAUAUUUUGACCGGGAAGACAACGGUGGUUUAAGUCUUGCACUUCAGGAAGACAGUGCCAAAACAGGGAAGGUUACCUCUGCUGGAAUGUAUUUUCUUGGGUUUCCUGUUUAUCGGUUAGAUCAGACAAUGAACUCUAUAGCUGCUGCUAAGGAUCCAGAUACAUCAUUUUUCAGAAAGCUGGAUGGAUUCCAGCCUUGUGAAUUGACAGAAUUGAAGGCUGGUACCCAUGUAUUUGCAGUUUAUGGUGACAACUUUUUCAAAAGUGCAAACUAUACAAUAGAAGCUCUGUGUGCUGCACCUUUUAGUGAAGAAAAGGAAAAUUUAAGAAAUGUAGAAGCUCAAAUUUUGUCUAAAAGGGCAGAAAUGUCGAAGUUUGAGACAGAAUAUCGAGAGGUUCUGGCACAAUUCACAGAGAUGACAAGCAGAUAUGCACAUGAAAUGCAAGCAAUUGACGAGCUACUGAAACAAAGAAAUGAAAUACAUGCAUCAUACACUAUUGCUCCUUUAAAACGGAGUACAAGUAAGAGCAGGAGUAAAAAUUCUUCCAAGGAGGCAAAAGAAGAUAGUCAAGCAAGAGAGAAGAGGAAUAUAAGAGAUCGGCCAAAGAAGAAGAAAUGGUAUAACAUCCAUUUAAGAGUAGAUAAGAGAAAGGCUUGCUGAGCAUUUGUUCAAGCUAUAAGACGAAGGCUUUGCCAAAGCAACAACCAAAUGUCGUUGGAAGUUUUCAUUUGUGUCACUGAAGCAUGUCAAGGAUGACAACAACUCAUUGUUUUUGUAUAAUCCCUUUUGCCCUUUCCUUUUAAUGUCUCAGUAGCUCAUCCUCAUCUUCAGAAUCCGUACUUGUAAAUUGUUUGAUUUAUUGAUGAAGCAUGAUCAACUCUCUGCGCGGGUUGUAAUUUUGUUUAGAAGCAAUGGCAAAGCUUUGGAGGAUAGAGCCAAGUAUUUUCUUGCUCAAUGGUAAAUUCAAAUUUCAAAUAGCUGGAAUUUGGCCAAACAGUCUGGUUGCAUACUUAUUAACUUAUAAUCUGCUUGUACUUCUCAUGUUUUGCCGUUUUUUUUUUCUUUGUCCUCUGCCCUCUUGAAUUUGCAUUA